UCUGAGAAACGAUGUUACUGGCAGAUAGAAAUACAAGUGGGACCACGUUUACCCUCUUGGGCUUCUCAGACUACCCAGAACUGCAAGUCCCACUCUUUCUGUUUUUUCUGACCAUCUACAGUGUGACUGUGGUAGGGAAUAUCGGGUUGAUUGUGAUCAUCAAAAUCAACUCCAAACUGCACACCCCCAUGUACUUUUUCCUCAGCCACCUCUCCUUUGUGGAUUUCUGCUAUUCCUCCAUCAUUGCUCCCAAGAUGUUGGUAAGCCUCGUCGUCAAAGACAGAACCAUUUCAUUUUUAGGAUGUGUAGUACAAUUCUUUUUCUUCUGUACCUUUGUGGUCACUGAAUCCUUUUUAUUAGCUGUGAUGGCCUAUGACCGCUUCGUGGCCAUUUGCAACCCUCUGGUCUACACAGUUGCUAUGUCCCAGAAACUCUGCGUGGUGCUGGUUGUGGGAUCCUAUGCCUGGGGAAUCACAUGUUCUGUGAUACUGACGUGUUCUGCUUUAAAGUUAUCUUUUCAUGGUUUCAACACAAUCAAUCACUUCUUCUGUGAGUUAUCUUCCCUGAUAUCACUCUCUUGCUCUAAUACUUCCCUCAAUCAGUGGCUGCUUUUCUUUUUUGCCACCUUUAAUGAAGUCAGCACACUACUCAUCAUUCUCACAUCUUAUGUGUUCAUCGUUGUAACCAUCCUCAAGAUGCGUUACAGUGGGUGCCGCAAAGCCUUUUCCACCUGUGCCUCCCACCUGACUGCCAUCACCAUCUUCCAUGGCACCAUCCUCUUCCUCUACUGUGUUCCCAACUCCAAAAACUCCAGGCACACAGUCAAAGUGGCCUCUGUAUUUUACACAGUGGUGAUCCCUAUGUUAAAUCCCCUGAUCUACAGUCUGAGAAAUAAAGAUGUCAAGAAUACAGUCACCAAGAUACUGGGUACCAAAGUCUUCUCUUGUUGAGCCUGUUACGUUAGGGGAGU